CCGGAUGUGGGCAGUGCUUCCUGCCGAUCUGCGCCUGCGCACUGUCCUCCCGCUCUUUUCCGGCGCUCCUUCCGGGCGCUGGGCGCUGGGCGCUGAGGAACCUCACGCCUGGGCUAGGGGAGGCUCUGGAGAUGCUAAGGCCGGACGUCUCGUCCACCACCCCCUCCGCCCCCGCUGCGUCUUCCUCAUCGUCGGGAGGGGCUCCCCUACAGGGUCUGCGCCCCUUUCUCGGGCCCCAGGAGAUUCCUGCCAGCCGCCGUUCCGCGCAGGCCUCGAUCUCCUCCCAGCCGGGCUCUUCGGGGGGCGCGGGCGAUCGCAGCAGCAGCAGCAGCACCGGGUGCCCGGGCUUCCCCGAGAGCUGCCCGGCGCCAGGUUCCUACUUUGGAAACAAAAGAUCUUACGCAGCAAAUGUAGUUACAUCAAAUUUUACUUUUGGUACCAGCUCAUCUUCUGCACGAGAAACUAAUUGUCCUCAAGUACUUAAAACUCCAUUGUCUGCUGGAAAUCCCCAGAGAUCAGGUUACAAAAGUUGGACACCACAAAUGGGACAUUCAGCUACAUCUUCCUCUUCAGUUUCUGCACAUUCCCCAUCAGUUAUUGUGGCUGUGGUAGAAGGGAGAGGACUUGCCAGAGGUGAAAUAGGAAUGGCAAGUAUUGACUUAAAAUGCCCACAGAUUAUACUCUCCCAGUUUGCAGACAACACCACAUAUGCAAAGGUGAUCACUAAACUCAAAAUUUUAUCACCUUUGGAAAUCAUAAUGUCAAAUACUGCUUGUGUUGUGGGAAAUUCAACCAAGUUAUUUACUCUUAUCACAGAAAAUUUCAAGAAUGUUAACUUCACUACUAUCCAAAGGAAAUACUUCAAUGAAACAAAAGGAUUAGAGUACAUUGAACAGCUGUGCAUAGCAGAAUUCAGCACUGUCCUAUUGGAAGUUCAAUCCAAGUAUUACUGCCUUGCAGCUCUUGCAGCUUUGUUAAAAUAUGUUGAGUUUAUUCAGAAUUCAGUUUAUGCACCAAAAUCGCUGAAGAUUUGUUUCCAGGGUAGUGAGCAGACAGCCAUGAUAGAUUCAGCAUCAGCCCAAAACCUUGAAUUGUUAAUUAAUAAUCAAGACAGUAGGAAUAAUCACACUCUCUUUGGUGUUCUAAAUUAUACUAAGACUCCCGGAGGGAGUAGAAGACUUCGUUCUAAUAUAUUAGAGCCACUAGUUGAUACUGAAACCAUUAACAUGAGAUUAGAUUGUGUUCAAGAACUACUUCAAGAUGAGGGACUCUUUUUUGGCCUGAAAUCAGUUAUAUCAAAAUUCCUCGAUACAGAACAGCUUCUUUCUGUUUUAGUCCAAAUUCCAAAGCAAGACACGGUUAAUGCAGCUGAAUCAAAGAUAACAAAUUUAAUAUACCUAAAACAUACCUUGGAACUUGUGGCUCCUUUAAAGACCUCUCUGAAGAACUGUAACACACCUUUAUUAAAAGCUUACUAUGGUUCCUUGGAAGACACAAGGUUCGAAAUCAUACUUGAAAAGAUUAAAACAGUAAUUAAUGACGAUGUAAGGUACAUGAAAGGAUACCUAAACAUGAGGACUCAGAAGUGCUAUGCAGUGAGGUCUAACAUAAAUGAAUUUCUUGACAUAGCUAGAAGGACAUAUACAGAGAUUGUAGACGACAUAGCAGGGAUGAUAUCACAGCUUGCAGACAAAUAUAAUCUCCCUCUAAGGACAAGUUUUAGCUCUGCUCGAGGAUUUUUUAUCCAGAUGACUACAGAUUCUGCAGUGCUACCCAGUGAUCAGCUUCCUUCCGAAUUUAUCAAGAUUUCUAAAGUGAAAAAUUCUUACAGCUUUACAUCAACAGAUUUAAUUAAAAUGAAUGAAAGAUGCCAAGAGUCUUUGAGAGAAAUUUAUCACAUGACUUAUAUGGUUGUGUGCAAACUGCUUAGUGAGAUAUAUGAACACAUUCACUGCUUAUACAAACUCUCUGACACCGUGUCCAUGCUGGAUAUGCUGCUGUCAUUUGCUCAUGCCUGCACUCUGUCUGACUAUGUUCGGCCAGAGUUUACCGAUACUUUAGCAAUCAAACAGGGAUGGCAUCCCAUUCUUGAAAAAAUAUCUGUGGAAAAACCAGUUGCUAAUAAUACCUAUAUAACAGAAGGCAGUAAUUUUUUGAUCAUAACUGGACCAAAUAUGAGUGGGAAAUCCACAUAUUUAAAGCAGAUUGCUCUUUGUCAAAUUAUGGCCCAGAUUGGAUCCUAUGUUCCAGCAGAAUAUUCUUCCUUUAGAAUUGCUGAACAGAUUUUUACAAGAAUCAGCACUGAUGAUGAUAUUGAAACAAAUUCAUCAACAUUUAUGAAGGAAAUGAAAGAGAUAGCAUACAUUCUGCAUAAUGCCAAUCACAAAUCACUCAUAUUAAUUGAUGAACUUGGCAGAGGUACUAAUACAGAAGAAGGCAUUGGCAUUUGUUAUGCUGUUUGUGAAUAUCUGCUGAGCUUAAAGGCAUUUACACUGUUUGCUACACAUUUCCUGGAACUUUGUCAUAUCGAUGUCCUGUAUCCUAAUGUAGAAAACAUGCAUUUUGAAGUUCAGCAUGUAAAGAACACCUCAAGAAAUAAAGAAGCAAUUUUGUAUACCUACAAACUUUCUAAGGGACUUACAGAAGAAAAAAAUUAUGGAUUAAAAGCUGCAGAGGUGUCAUCACUUCCACUGUCAAUUGUCUUGGAUGCCAAAGAAAUCACAACUCAAAUUACAAGACAAAUUUUGCACAACCAAAGGAGUACCCCUGAGAUGGAAAGACAGAGAGCUGUGUACCAUCUAGCAACCAGACUUGUUCAAGCUGCUCGAAACUCUCGAUUGGAUCCAGACAGUUUACGAAUGUAUUUAAGUAAGCUCAAGAAGAAGUAUGAAGAAGAUCUUUCCAGGGCUGAACAAGUUUCAGAAAAGACUGAAGAAUAAUAAUUUACAUCUUGUACUAUUGAAAUAAUAUAUUUUAAUAUGAGGAAACUAGAAUUUAUCUCCUGAGAGCAAAAGACAAUAUUUUCUAAAUUUUAUAUUUGAAUUAAAAAUUAUAUUAAUAUCAGUAUUUUCAUUUGUGUAUAUAUCCUACAUGAGAAUAUUUGUUAUUAUUACUUAAUAAAUAAGAACUAUUUAAAGAAAUAUCUUUUGGGGUCGGGGAUUUAGCUCAGUGGCACCACGCCUGCCUUGCAAGUGCAAGAUCCUGAGUUCAAUCCCUAGUACCAGGGGAAAAAAACGUGUAGAAAUAUCUUUUGUUAGGAAAAAAAGUAUAAUGCACCACAUUUUUGUCAUUUAUGACAGUUCACAUUAACUCUUAAGUUUAUUUAUACUUAGAAGUUAUAGUUCAAAAUAUUAUUGUAAAUACCUUAAUUACCUUACUUUUACAGUCUGGAAACUUAGUUGAGGGAUUUGUGUGUGUUUUAUAUUAUCUUCUAAAGUAACAACAUCCUAUGAUUCAAAAAUUUCUGAAUUAUUUACCCCCAAAUUCCAACACUGAAUGGUUCUAAAGUUUGUUAGAGUAAUCCUGGGCAUUAAAAAAUAACAUAUUCAGUGUGUUUCUAAAGGUUGAAAAUAAAGAAAUAGGUAUUUUGUAAUGCAGGCAGUAAUCCUGGAAGACGGGGUCAUCACCACCAACCCUUUCAGUUUUUCAGAUACUGUAUCUAGGAGAUCAAUUGUCUAACCCUUGACUUCCUCCUUUUUCUUAAUUUUCAUUUUUGUCUGUUUUUAUUAAGUAAACAAAGGCAGCAGAAAGACAACAUUGAUUUGAUUUUUUGGCUCAGUUGUUGGUUCACAAGGAAGCAUUUCAUAGAGCUGUUUGUUUCAUAGGCAUGUGAAUUAUAUCACUAUUUCAGUUUAGUGUUUACUCAAGGUCAUUCUUGCUUUGUAAAUGGGCAAAACGAAGCAGAAGACCACCCGUUAUUGGGUAACUGGAAAGAGCUUUUAUUUUCUCAAACAUCUUCUAUAAUUCCGUUUAGUAGGUGACUUACUUGCAUAAACCUUACUCUUUUUUUUUUUUUUUUUUGGUACUGGGGAUCGAACUCGGGUCCUUACGCUUGCGUAGCAGGCAGCGAAACCACUGAGCUAAAUCCCCGGCCCCUAUAAACCUUACUCUUUUCUUGGGCAACUAAGUAUCUGGAAUUUAGGAUAUACAUUUGAACUAUUUAUUCAAUAACUAUAGUAUUCAGAGUAAUUUGGCCAACAAAAUUAUUCACAGACUGAUUAAUGUUAAUUUUUGGUUAAUAUAUGCAUAUUAUAUUUUACAACAUUUAAUGUUCAUAUUUAUUGACUUAAACUCAUUAGCAUUGUACUAUUAGUCACUAGAUAUAUUGAAAAAUUAGAAUGGAUAUGACAUACAUGCUUUAUGAAAAAGUAAAUGUGUUUUACAUUCAAUAUAUGUUAAAUGUCUUGUUAGAGUACUUGUAUCCCUUAUUGUUAUGUUUUAGAAAGACAAUAUCACUGGAAUAUCACCAUUAGGCACAUUUUAAUGCACAGCUUUUGCGAUGAAUUAUACUUCAUGUGUUGUUUUUAAAACCCACUAGAUAACUGGGGUUGUGGCAAAUUUCUAGAAGGCACUGAUUAAGAAUGAGUCGUGACAUAUUGGGAAAUAAAAAGGAGAAAACAAUAUAAGGCAGAAGUGGAAUAGGCAGUAGAAGAAAAGCAGGCAAGCAGAGACAGGUACCAAGUGUCAAAUAUGCUAACAUUUCCCCAAAUACUACAUUAACUUCCAUUUAGAUUUAAUCCCAGUGUUGGAUUUCAUUAGACUUUUAAGAGUUUUUCAUCAAUUCAAGCAUUUUUUGCAAAAAUUGCA